GUUUCCUUGACUUCUCUCGCCCACUGGUCACGGGCAGUCGUUGCGACGAGUCUUCCUACGGCACAGCUUCUCGGGUAUUGGCGUGCCGGAGAAGGCUGUUGGAGAGGCAGAGGCAGGGCUGCCCAGAAGAGCUGCGCGCUGUUCCGCCACGCGCCACGCAACUGUCCAUCCGCUGCUGCCAUCGAUCGUUUUGGUACCAUGCCGCACGCUACUGCCUAUGGUAUAGUCGCGGUCCAAGCCCUUUUUUUCUUUCUUGGAGGUAGAUCCAGCAGCGCAGCAAUCACUGUUAUGCGCUGAUUUGCCGACUGUUAUAUUCACAGGCAUCCGCGACAACUUCAUGACGGGCAAGGUCAUCAUGCCAGAUGAAGAAUAUUUGCAAUCGUGGUGGUACGGCGUGUGCGUGCCUCGCGUCUCGUCGAUGGCGGAAGCAGACUCACCGUUCGCACGCACAGGCCGCUGGGCACGUCGGAGACGCACUCGGACCGCAUGGAGUGCACGGCGAACGGCUGGGGCACGUUUAUCGGAAUUAUUGCCCUCACGAAGAUAGCCGUGGCUCUCACGGGCGGCAAGACGACACUUGCUAAGACACUCGGAACCCUCUACGUCCUUGGAAACAUAUGGACUAUCAAGGUCUUCCUGCCCAUGAACGACCUGAUGGAGGCGUACGGGGCUGGGUGGCCAUCACUCAGUCAGUCGAAGGCGCCGUGACAUUUUGCUGUGUCCGCGCAGGCACUGGACGAACAAGAAGAACAACCCGGCCAUGGAGAACAAGGGCUCGGUGACGCCCUUCUGCGCCAUGCUCGCCAUCGAAUCGAUCUGCUGGAUUGUGGCCCAGGGGCUGGUCACGGAGCCGCCGAAGCCGAAGAUUCACUAGGCCCUCGUAGCAUAGGCGUAGUAACACACUAACAUAUGA